ACAGGUGGAGGCACAGCCCGAAAAAUGGUCUGUCAGCAAACACACCCAGAGCUACCCAACCGAUUCAUAUGGGAUUCUAGAAUUCCAGAGCGGCGGAUACUCCAACAAGGCAAUGUAUAUCCGUGUAUCCUAUGACACCAAACCAGAUAUGCUACUUCAUCUCAUGGUCAAGGACUGGCAGCUGGAACUCCCCAAGCUCUUAAUAUCCGUGCAUGGAGGCCUGCAGGACUUCGAGAUGCAGCCCAAGCUGAAGCAGGUCUUUGGGAAAGGCCUGAUCAAGGCUGCCAUGACCACAGGGGCCUGGAUUUUCACGGGAGGUGUCAGUACAGGUGUCAUCAGCCACGUGGGGGAUGCCUUGAAAGACCACUCCUCCAAGUCCCGAGGCCGGGUUUGCGCUAUAGGAAUUGCUCCGUGGGGUAUCGUGGAGAACAAGGAAGACCUGUUUGGAAAGGAUGUAACAAGAGUGUACCAGACUAUGUCCAACCCUCUGAGUAAGCUCUCGGUGCUCAACAACUCCCACACGCAUUUCAUCCUGGCUGACAAUGGCACCCUGGGCAAAUAUGGGGCCGAAGUAAAGCUGCGCAGACAGCUGGAGAAGCACAUCUCUCUGCAGAAGAUCAACACAAGACUGGGGCAGGGCGUGCCAGUCGUGGGCCUCGUGGUAGAAGGGGGCCCGAACGUGGUGUCCAUCGUCUUGGAAUACCUCCGGGAAGACCCUCCCGUCCCUGUGGUUGUCUGCGACGGCAGUGGACGAGCCUCGGACAUUCUGUCUUUUGCACACAAGAUAAUAAAUGAAUCCCUCAGGGACCAGCUUCUAGUUACCAUUCAGAAAACAUUUAAUUACAACAAGACACAAUCACAUCAGCUGUUUGCAAUCAUAAUGGAGUGCAUGAAAAAGAAAGAGCUGGUUACUGUGUUUAGGAUGGGUUCUGAGGGUCAGCAAGAUAUUGAGAUGGCCAUUUUAACUGCGCUGCUGAAAGGAACAAAUGCAUCAGCUCCGGAUCAGCUGAGCCUGGCUCUGGCUUGGAACCGCGUUGACAUAGCUCGAAGCCAGAUCUUUGUCUUUGGGCCCCACUGGCCGCCCCUGGGAAGCCUGGCCCCCCCAGUGGAUAGCAAGGUCAUGGAGAAAGAGAAGAAGCCUCCCACAGCCACCACCAAGGGGGCCAGAGGAAAAGGGAAAGGCAAGAAGAAAGGGAAAGUAAAAGAGGAGGUGGAGGAAGAAACGGAUCCCAGGAAGAUUGAGCUACUGAAUUGGGUGAAUGCUUUGGAGCAAGCUAUGCUGGAUGCUUUGGUCUUAGAUCGAGUUGACUUUGUAAAGCUUCUGAUUGAAAAUGGGGUGAACAUGCAACACUUUCUUACAAUCCCAAGGCUGGAAGAGCUUUAUAACACGAGAUUGGGACCACCAAACACACUUCAUUUGCUGGUGAGGGAUGUAAAAAAGGGAAACCUUCCACCGGAUUACCACAUCAGUCUCAUAGACAUUGGGCUGGUGCUGGAGUACCUCAUGGGAGGAGCUUACCGCUGCAACUACACCCGGAAAAGUUUCCGCACCCUUUACAACAAUCUCUUCGGACCAAAGAGGCCGAAAGCUCUUAAACUGCUGGGAAUGGAAGAUGAUGAGCCUCCAGCCAAAGGGAAGAAAAAGAAAAAGAAGAAAAAGGAGGAAGAGAUUGACAUCGACGUGGAUGACCCUGCUGUGAGCCGUUUCCGGUACCCCUUCAAUGAGCUGAUGGUGUGGGCUGUACUGAUGAAACGCCAGAGGAUGGCCAUCUUCCUCUGGCAGCGGGGCGAGGAGAGCAUGGCCAAGGCCCUGGUGGCCUGCAAGCUCUACAAAUCCAUGGCCCACGAGUCCUCCGAGAGCGAGCUGGUGGAUGACAUCUCCCAGGAUCUGGACAGCAAUUCGAAAGACUUUGGGCAACUUGCUGUGGAGUUGCUAGACCAGUCCUAUAAGCAUGAUGAACAGAUUGCCAUGAAACUUCUGACCUAUGAGCUGAAAAACUGGAGCAAUUCUACUUGCCUCAAACUGGCUGUCGCAGCCAAACAUCGAGACUUUAUAGCUCACACCUGCAGCCAGAUGUUAUUGACUGAUAUGUGGAUGGGGAGGCUACGAAUGAGGAAAAACCCUGGUCUAAAGGUUAUAAUGGGGAUUAUUCUUCCGCCCACCAUCUUGCUUUUGGAAUUUCGCACCUAUGAUGACUUCUCCUAUCAAACAUCCAAGGAAAACGAAGAUGGCAAAGAAAAGGAAGAUGAGAACGUGGAUGCAAAUGCAGAUGCUGGUUCAAGAAAGGGGGAUGAGGAGAAUGAGCACAAAAAGCAAAGCAGCAUUCCCAUUGGAGCAAAGAUCUGUGAAUUCUAUAACGCACCCAUCGUCAAAUUCUGGUUUUACACAAUAUCGUACUUGCUCUACCUACUGCUGUUUAACUAUGUCAUUCUGGUGCGGAUGGAACGGUGGCCCUCUCUGCAGGAGUGGAUCGUCAUCUCCUACGUUGUGAGCCUUGCUUUGGAGAAAAUUCGAGAGAUCCUCAUGUCAGAACCAGGCAAACUCAGCCAGAAAGUAAAGGUCUGGCUUCAGGAGUAUUGGAAUAUCACCGAUCUCAUGGCCAUUUCCAUGUUCAUGGUUGGAGUGGUCCUUCGCCUGCAGAACCAGCCAUACAUGGGCUACGGACGAGUGAUCUACUGUGUGGAUAUCAUCUUCUGGUACAUCCGUGUCCUGGACAUCUUUGGUGUCAACAAGUAUCUGGGGCCUUAUGUGAUGAUGAUUGGAAAGAUGAUGAUCGACAUGCUAUAUUUUGUGGUCAUCAUGCUCGUUGUGCUGAUGAGUUUUGGAGUGGCCCGUCAAGCCAUUUUGCACCCAGACGAGGAGCCUUCAUGGAGACUGGCCCGAAACAUCUUCUACAUGCCCUACUGGAUGAUCUAUGGAGAGGUGUUUGCAGACCAGAUAGACCUCUAUGCCAUGGAAAUUAACCCUCCUUGCGGGGAAAACCUGUACGAUGAGGAUGGCAAGCGUCUCCCGCCCUGCAUCCCCGGCGCCUGGCUUACACCUGCCCUCAUGGCGUGCUACCUGCUGGUAGCCAACAUCCUGCUGGUGAACCUGCUGAUCGCUGUGUUCAACAAUACCUUCUUUGAAGUAAAGUCAAUAUCCAACCAAGUGUGGAAAUUCCAGAGAUACCAGCUGAUUAUGACAUUUCAUGACAGGCCAGUCCUACCCCCACCAAUGAUCCUUCUAAGCCACAUCUAUAUAAUCGUUAUGCGUCUUAAUGGUCGCUGUAGGAAAAAAAGAGAAGGAGACCAAGAGGAACAGGACCGUGGACUGAAGCUGUUUCUUAGCGAGGAGGAGCUUAAAAGGCUGCACGAAUUCGAGGAGCACUGCGUGCAGGAGCACUUCCGAGAGAAGGAGGAUCAGCAGCAGUCGUCCAGCGAUGAGCGCAUCCGAGUCACGUGCGAGAGAGUUGAAAAUAUGUCAAUGAGGUUGGAAGAAAUCAAUGAAAGAGAAAAUUUCAUGAAAGCUUCUCUACAGACUGUUGACCUUCGACUUUCUCAGCUGGAAGCAUUAUCUAGCAGAAUGGUGAACGCUCUUGAAAAUCUUGCCGGAAUUGACAAGACUGACCUGAUUCAGACCCGGUCCCGAGCUUCUUCCGAAUGUGAAGCAACACACCUGCUAAGGCAGGGCAGCUUCAACAGCGCUGACGGCUACAGCUUGUACAGGUAUCACUUUAACGGAGAAGAGUUAUUGUACGAGGACACUUCUCUCUCGAUGUCACCAGGGACAGGGUUAAGGAAAAAAGCCUGCUCUUUCCGUAUGAAGGAAGAGAAGGAUGUAAAACUGUGUCUGGCACCAGAGAGUCAGGGCAGCCUUCACCUGUUACCUGGUACAAGCACAGCAGCAACACCAGACAGCAGUGGACUUGUGUUAGACAACUUAAAGAACACUUCAGAGCCAAGACUGGGUCCAGAUACUGGGAUUUCAACUGAAGACAGUGGAAGGCAGAUAGACUUGAAAAGAGAAGGAACUACGUCAUCCAGUUUAAAUCAAACAGAUGUUGGGCAUGGGCAGAACAAAUCAGAUUUUCAAAACACUCAGCUAAGAGUGGAAAUGACAAAUUUAGAAGGCACUAUUCCCUAUCCCUCAGAAGAAACGAAAAUUACACGCUGUUACCCUGAUGAAGCUUUCAAGGCUUCGAAAACAGUGAAAUCCAGAAGCUUUGUAUAUUCCCACGGAAGAAAGCGGAUCAGUGGGGUUAACAACUGGAGUGCAGAAUACAGUUCAAUAAUGGACCAAGCACACCCCUCUACAGUACAACAGUGGACAACAGAGUGGACAUACCAAGUUCAAAAGAUUACACGUUCUCGUAGUACAGAUAUCCCUUCCAACAUGCCUGAAGCUGCAGUGCAAGCUGAGUGCAAAGAGCAAAUAACAGAUACUGAGGAUGAUAAUUGUAUUUCUGAAACAGUCCCUCAAAUCUCCCAUUUAUCCCUGGCUGUUACUGACAGAACUGGAAGAGGAAACUUACUGUCUGUGAAACCAGACCAAACCUUUGGAUUCCCAUCUAUAAGGUCAAAAAGUCUACAUGGCCAUCCUAGAAAUGCUAAAUCCAUUCAGGGCAAAUUAGACCGAUCUGGACAUGCCAGCAGUGUAAGUAGCUUAGUGGCUGUGUCUGGAAUUACAACAGAAGAACCAAAGGCCAAGCAGGAGAAAACUUCCACAGAAACUGAAUGUUAAUGUGUCAUGUUUGAUUUUUACAUCAAAACCGUGAAUGGGCCCAUCUUGGCCACUUAAACAUCAGAAAAUUUUGAAAAUGUUUUCAUUAAAAGUAUUUGGAAGUUGGA